CACGCGAGGAAGAAGAAGACGCGACAGCUCUAAAUAAAGAAGGCGUUCAUGUGUUGAGUCGAACACGUUUACCCAUUUGGAAUAACAGUCUUGCAACUUUGCCAGUGUCUCCUUUUCUCGUCUUUGAGCCAUCAAGACAACUAAAAAAACAACAAUAUAGCUCCACCCCCGCUGUUGUCUCCUCCGUCUGCAGACGACAUGUCUCUGUCUGGCUCAGUGUGUUUGGUCACGGGUGCCUCCAGGGGCAUUGGUAAGGGGAUAGCGCUGCAGCUUUCUGAGGCAGGAGCCACCGUCUACAUCACUGGACGCCAGGAGAAGACUCUUAAAGAAACAGCAGGACAGGUUAGCGAGAGAGGUGGAAAGUGUGUGCCAGUCAUCUGUGAUUCCACCAACGGCGAAGACAUUGAGGAACUCUUUGAACGCAUUAAAGCAGAGCAGAACGGGAGACUGGACCUCCUGGUGAACAACGCUUACGCUGGAGUGCAGGCUCUGUUUGACAAUCAAGGAAAGAAAUUCUGGGAGAUUGAUCCAUCUUUUUGGGACACCAUCAACAACACGGGCCUGAGAGGACACUAUUUCUUCUCGGUGUACGCAGCCCGAAUGAUGGUGGCUCAAGGUCGCGGUUUGAUCGUCACCAUUUCAUCCAUGGGAGGGCUGCGGUAUCUCUUCAAUGUUCCAUACGGAGUCGGGAAAGCAGCGUGCGACCGCAUGGCGGUAGACAUGGCUGUCGACCUGCGACGUAGAGGAGUGGCAUCUGUCAGCCUGUGGCCUGGAGCGGUCAAUACGGAGCUGGUAUCGCAGUUCAUGCAAGAGGACACGCAACAGAAGGUCGAUCCCGAGUAUAAGGACUUAUUUGCCAAUGGAGAGACCACAGAAUUUAGUGGGCUGUGUAUUGUCAACCUUGCUAAAGACAAAAACCUGAUGUCGCUGACGGGGAAAAUUCUGAUGACCUGUGACCUGGCCAGGCGUUACGGGAUCCAAGAUGUUGACGGGCGGAGCAUAGCUGAUUAUACCUCCCUAAAAUUCCUGCUGACCCAAGUCCCUUAUGUCUCCUGGCUCUCGCCUUUUGUCCCUUCAUUCAUAAGAUUACCACGCUUUUUGCUCCCCUUGGCAAACAACCACUUCUAAACACUUCCCGUGCUGUCGUCAUCACCUAUGGCUCCCAGUACUGUCACAACAAAACUUGGAUAUUAACUUUGAGUAUAAAAAGAGUGAGUGGAUGUUGGACACCUUGCCCCCUUCCACUUGAGGAUGACCCACAGGUGCUGAAUUGGGUUCAGGUGUUGGAGACGUACUUUGCUGCGUACAUUCCAUUGUUCGUACUAUUACUCAACAACUUCAAGUGUUCCGUCAGCCAUAUUGCACUGAGAAGCGUGGACAGACCAUUUCAUUCGCAUGUUAUGCUGCACUUUUGCAUUAGACAACGAGCUGACAUAUUCGGACAAAUGUUAAAGCAGUGUACGAAAACCCAGCGAUCCCAAGACGUGUGAAUGUUUGAUUAUUUUUUUUGUCCUUCAUUUGUGAUAGCAAAAGUAUACACGUUCCACGACUGUUGGCGUGAUACGGUACAGUUUGCUACCAUCAUUUGGAUGAAUAAAGAAAUGGAAAGCUCUUUAUUUAUCUCAUUUUCUACAUAGAUUCUAGACGUUUUUGCUUAAUUUAUAGUUCUUUGUCGAAGUGGGAAGUUUCUUCAAAGUAUUAUCCUGUAAUGUUUUGCAAGGACAGUAUAGCGCAGGGGUGUCAAACUCGUGCCAUUGAGGGCCGAGACGCUGCAGGUUUUCUUUCCAGCCAAUCACUAAAGCAGGUGAUGUUAAUGAUCAACACCUUCAGUUUGAGGGAAGGAGCUCAUCAAUUAAAUCACCUGCUGAAGAAACUGGUUGGAGAGAAAACCUGCAGCGUCUCGGCCCUCCAGGGCACGAGUUUGACACAUGUGGUAUAGAGUAUUAUCUUUAUUGUUGUGGAUUUGGAAAAUGUCAAUGAAGUAGAAUGUUCCUGCAGGAUACGUGGUUCUUGAAAUGCUUGGUUUUAAAUGAAAGAUUAAUGAAGCUUAAUUUAAUGCAGUGACUUUCAUGUGGUAGAGCAGAUUUUUUUUUUUUGUUCCGUUCAUUUGAAAUAUUUAAUUAUGUUUUAGGGUCAGGAGGACCAGACUGUUUCCAGCAAGGGCCACAUGGUGAAAAAUGAAAGCAUGCAAGGGCCAAAUAUGCCAAGAAGUUAUAUAUCUAGUUCAAGAAAAAAAUGCAUCUCAGCAUUGUGACAGAGGUGGAAAAAGCCUAUUUCUGCUUCAUGUUCAUCAAUUUUCUUUUGUACUAUUGUGACUUUAUUCCCGUAAUAUUAUAACUU